GAAAAAGUAAUAUUUACUUUUUAUAAUAACGUACGGAGGCAGCGCUUAGCUAUCCGUAUAUAUACCCUAAAUAAUAAAAACUUAUUCUUAAUUACUAAACUACUUCGUACAAAACCUUCUAUAACGAUUAGAAAUUAUAAUAACCUUUACGUACGAAAAUAUUCUUAUUAA